AUGGCUGAACUGAACACAAGCUCGACCACUGUCAUAUUCGCAAACAAAACCAUAUGGGUGUGCGAGAAAGCAGCAGAGUUUUCAAAGUCAAAAGGAAUAUUCUUCGGCGAUAACCCAUUACAUUACAUGAUGCCAGUGCUCGCUCUGCAAACUUCCUUAGUCUCAAUUUUGACCACAUGCUUACAACUCCUACUUAUCCCAAUUGGGGAGAGUAGCUUCGUUCCACAAAUGCUGGCAAGCUUGCUAAUGGGACCAUCAGCACUGGGAGAAAUUGAAACCAUUAGAAAAUGGAUAUUCCCACCAAAAUCUUUCUAUGUAAGUGAGACAAUCGCCCUUUUCGGGAGCAUGACGUUCAUGUUCUUGAUUGGAGUCAAAUUAGAUAUACGAACGGUAACGAGAGCGGGGAAAAAGACUUGGGCCAUUGGCGUAUGUUGUUUUGUAAUGCCAAUGAUACUUAGCACAUUUGUUGCUCUUAUUCUAAGGCAAAUGUUGUCCCCGGAACAAACUCUCCACCAGUCCCUACUUUAUAUCGCAUUUUUGUUAUCAAUUACUUCCUUCCAUGUCACUGCAACUCACUUAGCAGAUUUAAAGCUCCUGAAUUCAGAGAUUGGUCGAUUAGCAGUCUCUUCAUCUAUGGUGAGUGGAUCACUCUCUGCCAUGGCGGUCAUGUAUAUAGUCACAAAGAAGCAAAGUAGCUUAACGAACGACAACUCUUUCAAUUGGAUGAUGAUUUCUAUGAUUGUAUUGGUGGUUUUUAUAUUAUUCGUUCUUCGCCCUAUCAUGUUGUGGAUGAUACGCCAGACACCCAAAGGGAAACCAAUCAAAGAGUCAUACAUAGUUUGCAUCUUUCUCAUGUUAAUGGGAUGUGCAUUUUUUAGCGAGUGCAUUGGGGAGCACUUCUUGAUUGGACCUAUUCUUCUAGGCAUUGCAGUACCAGAGGGACCGCCACUAGGGUCAGCAUUGGUUGAAAGGCUAGAGACCAUGAUCUCAGCGGUCUUUGUUCCAUUGUACUUCCUCUUCAGUGGUACCAAAUUCAAGUUCUCUCUACUUGAUACCCCUAGCUUUGCUAUUGUGCAGCUUGUGGCUAUAUUUAGCUUCUGUGGAAAGGUUCUAGGAGCCAUGUUGCCUUCAAUUUACUGCAAGAUGCCUGUGGCUGAUGCUCUCUCCUUAGGUCUCCUUUUGAGUGCCCAAGGCAUAUCCCAGUUGCUUUACUUACAGAGUUGUCUAUACCUUUUAAUUAUAGAUGCACAAUCAUAUGGUAACAUGGUGAUAUCUAUGAUAUGGUUGACAGGAGCAACCACACCUAUAGUGAAAUUCCUGUAUGACCCAUCCAAGAGGUACUUGUCCUCAAACAGGAGAAGGACCAUUGAGCAUAGCUCUCCGAAUGUUGAACUUCGUCUCAUGGCAUGCAUACACAGUCAAGAAAACACACCACCCAUCAUCAACGUUCUUGAAAUGUCGAACCCCACACAGGAGAGUCCAAUUUGUUUUUAUGUGCUUCAUCUCAUUCCUCUAACAGGAAGAUCAACCCCACUUUUUAUUGAUCACCAGCCAAGCAAUAAGACGAAUUCAUUACAUUCUAGUCAUUCACAGCACAUCAUAAAUGCCUUCAGAUCCUAUGAGCUGCAGAACUUAAACAAAGUGGUGGUGAAUCUCUUCACAUCCAUGUCCCCUUAUGAGACAAUGCACGAUGAGAUAUGUACGCAAGCUGCUGAGAAGAGAGCAUCUAUGCUGAUUGUGCCAUUUCACAGACAAUGGACAUCAACUGCGAUUACAGAAUCAGCACACCCUAUUAGAGCAUUGAACCGCCAUUUGCUCAGAACAGCACCUUGUUCAGUUGGGAUCCUAGUUGAACGUGGUGCCUUAAAUAGGUACAACCCUUUAACAUGUGUCUCCUUUUACAGUGUUGGAGUGAUCUUUAUAGAGGGGCCAGAUGACCGUGAAGCUAUGGCUUUUGCAAUGCGAAUGGCUGAUCAUCCAAAUGUUAGGGUCACAGUAAUUAGGUUAAUGGAGCCUCGCAAGAAGAACAGGAAUUUGAUCAACAGGGAUCCUGAUGGUGAUGUGAUUCACAAGUUUAAGGUUGACUACAUCCAAAUCAAACGCCAUGAUUAUAGAGAGGAAAUCGUGAGAGAUAGCGUGGAAGUGGUCAAUGUAUUACGGUCACUUGAAGGUUGUUUUGAUUUGAUUUUGGUGGGUAGAGGCCAUGCAAGUGACUCAACAUUAUUCACUGGAAUGACCGAAUGGAAUGAGUAUCCUGAACUUGGGUUUGUCGGAGACAUUCUAGUGUCUUCAGAUUCUACAUUUGAUGGGUCUGUGUUGGUGGUGCAGCAACAGAAGAGGUCUAGGGUUUCUCAUCAUGAUUUGCAUCUAGAUCAUGCCAUUAAUACGAGGCAAGAACCCUUUUCCAUUGUGGAAGUGCCUCUUGAUACAAAGGUAUGGCGAAAUGCUUAA